AUGUCCAUUUCCCAAGGUAAAGAUGUUUCCAUAAUAAACGAGUCUAAUGUGACUCCUGACAUGAAAAAUAUGUUCACCUAUGGAAAUGGUGUAAUAAUCAGCUAUUUUGAUCCUUUAUCUAUUUUUGAUGGUGUUAAACAAGAAAUUAGCAACAACUUACCCUUGAAAAAUUUGCAUUGGAAGCCAAGAAAUACAACAAAUAUAACUACAAUCAAUGAAUUAAAUGUUCAGUUAUUACCAGAGAUUGAUGUUUUGAAUACCACCACAGAUAAAGUUCAAUCACUAAAUAAAGAUUCAUUCUUGUUAGACAAGCCUUUUGUUAGUUAUAUAGUUAUUAAUUGUUCUUCCAUUGAUGAAUAUCGUUCUAAAAUAAGACCUUUAGUUAAACAAUGGCUUUCUUCAAUUGAAGAUAAUGAAGUGGAGAUUCGUUUCAAAGAUGAUAAUGUGCUUGAAACAACCACAAAAACCAUUAUUAAUGAGCAGCUGGCUCUUAAAGACAAAAAAAAAAGGAUUAAAAUACCUAUUAUAAGAUCGAUUUUACUUCUUAAAUCAACAGAAGCAAUUCAUGAUUCUAAAUUGUUUAAAAGUGUUUCAUUAAUGGAAAAGUUUACAAAGGAUUUUCCUAAUACAACGACCUAUGAAAUACACACAGUUUACAGAUCAGAAACUGAUAAAUACAAUUAUUGGAUAAAUUUUACGAAAGGUUUAAAACAAAUGCUAUUAAAAGUAUUUGAAGAAAGAUUGGACGUUUUAACCGAACAAAUCAGAUUGGAUACUGAUCCUGGGACAAAAUUAUUGUGUUACGAGACAUUGUUUAAGUUGUAUAAGAAAUUUCACAUUACUACUGAAGCGCAAUCAAAUUUGAAUCAUUUAAAAGCAACGGUUACUCAGUUGGAAAAAUCUACAAAUAUCACUUUGGGUGACCUAGACAUGAAGUUUUUUAGCAAAGAAGAUGUUAUAGGAUUACCAUUAACAAAGCUUUAUAAAACCGGGUGCUUAACAAGGUUUCAGUUAAGCAAAAUUGAGCUAUUAAACCAAUUGGCUCUUUUGGAUUGCAGUUCUUAUUUACAGGUUGAAAAAAUGAUAACUUUAAAUUUAACUAUCAAAGUAUUUAUAACUAAUAUUAAAGACAACUAUGGCGAUUCCGAAGAUUUAUCUUUGUUUUUAUAUGAGGCAUGUGAGAAAAUUUUAAAUUUCCAUUUUUUCCAACUUGAUACUGCGGAUGAAAACCUACAACAAAUACAAUGUAUGCUUAACGAAAUAAAGGGGGAUUUAUUAAUGAUCAAAAGGGAUGCGUGGUUACGGAUGGUCUAUGAUAAUUCAGAUAUUAGAUUAUUUUUCAUUCAAUUUGACGCACAGCAGGUAUUAAAACAACAAACUUCCAAGCACUUAUUGUCUACUUUUUCCACCCAUAAAGUUUUUACCAAAAAUUUUAUUAUGCACACUACAGAUAUUUUAUCUGCAUAUAAAAACAGGAGAGAAAGAUUAGUGGACAUAUUAUCCAUCCAGAUUGGAUUUUUAUAUUAUCAGAAUAAAGAGUAUAAAAAAGCUGUAGAGAUUUUGAAAUCAUCUUAUGAAUAUUAUUUAAGUAAAGAUUGGUAUUUCUUAGCUGUUAGUGUUUUAGAAAAAUAUGCAACUAGUCUGGAACACUUGAAGGACUCGGAGAAAACCAUUACAAUAGAAGGUGAAGAUAUUCCAAUACCAUCUGUUUUAACUAAUGGCUAUUUGAAUUUGGUGAGUAGAAGCUUAGAUAGGGAAUUAUGGUGGGUAAAGUUUUUGAGUUUGAAUGAAAAGGAUGAUUCACAACUAGUCUAUUCUAUCGAUGAGUUAUUCGCUGUGUCUGUUGAUAAUGACUAUUAUUUAUCUAAACCCAAUGUUUAUGCCUUCGAUUUAACUGUUUUUAACGAUAAAGUUUUUAAAGAGGCAAAUGUGUCAUCCAUAAAACUUCUUUUUAAAAAUUCUAAAGAUGAGUAUUUAAAAUUUUUGUUUGGAAAAGAAACCACUUUUCAUUCUGGGUCAAACAAGUAUGUUUUGGAGACAAAAGACAUUAUAUUUGGUAAAUUUGAUUUUGUUUCAUUAGAAUUUUGUUUGGGAAAUACGAUUUUAAACAAAGAAUUUUCAUUCAAAUCUGUAAUUUUUCAGCCAUUGUACAAUGAGGAAAAUUUUGACAUAUCAAUUACCUCACCAUCAAUAACACAUCUAGGGUUUAGUUCUUUAGGUAUGGAUUAUUUCAAUGAAAAUAAGGGAAUUUCCGAUUUUCACUUAAAACUAACUGUAUUGUCACCCAGUAAUUUUGUGUUUGCUAAUGGUAAUUCAUUUUUAGAGAUCAACAACGAUUCGUCUAUAAAAUUUGUGGAAUAUAAUGGUGGAAAUAAUAGGGUAAUUUUAAAAUUAUUAAAAGAAGUGAGAUUUACAAAAAAUGGGGAAAGUUACAGCGAGAAAAAUGUGAUUUUAAUAAACAAUAAACUCGAUUUAGUAGUAUCGGUUGAAGAUAUUUAUAAAAAUGAUUUAUUUUAUUUUAACUUUUUGAUAAACUCUUCAGAUGAUCCAAUUUACCUACACAAGAGUAUACUAAAGGGCGAUUAUUCCAAAUAUGAUAUUAUUGGUAACUUGAACUUAGAAACACCAUUAUUACUAGAUCCAAAGGAUGAAGACUGCAACAAUUUUUAUAGGAUAAAAUUAAAAGAUGGAGUGGCAAAGUUUGAUUCCAAUGACGAGUUUUUGUUAGAAUUAAGUUAUAACACCUUAAAGGAUGUUUUGGAUAAGAUUGUUACAGAAAAAUUUUUCAAUUUGAUUGAAAAUCCUGAGUUAUCUAUGUGGAAGAAUUUAUGGGUUAAUCAAAUUUUACCUAAAUUUCAAUACAAUAAGACCCAAUUGCUUUGUAGCAAUACAAUAAAGUUGAGCAAUUAUAAUCUGGAGUAUUUUAUGGAGUUUUUAAAUAAUUUAGUAUCAAACAAGGAAAGAAAAACCAGUAUUUUAAAUGUGUAUCAGAAGUUAUUUGAAGGGGUUACGAUUGUCAAUUUUGAUUCAUAUCUUAAGACGAUUGAAUUGAAUAAAUUAUCUGUGCCUGUUACCAUCUUAGAACCAAGAUCUGACAUAUUUUUGGUGGAAAUGUUACCUAAAAAAAGGCUGAAUAGUUUGUGCUUGGGUAAAUCCUAUAAAUAUGAUAUACACAUAGUUAACAAGUCUGAGGUUUGGUCAUUACAAAAUAACUCCAUGGAUAGUUACAUAUUUGAAUUUAUUAUAUCAAAUAAUAAUAAUAAUAACGCUAUCAAUAAUGAUUGGUUAAUUACGGGCUGUAAGAGAUUUGCUGUUACCAAAAGGGAGUCUUUUGUAUCUGUUGAAUUAAUUCCGGUUAAAAGAGGUUAUUUAAGAUAUCCUCGUUUAGAAAUCACUACUAUUCCAAAUAACAGACAUGCUGGGAUAAUACCUGCUACUGUAGAUUUUUUAAACGCUUUUGAGUAUAUCAUUGUUGUAUAA